CAGCUCGCAGGGCGUGGUGGGAUAGGAGACUACUCAGUGGAGGACCGAGUACAUCGCCCCAGCUGGCUAGCUGCAGAGAAGAUGGCUGCAGUGUGGAUUUUCAGGCCAGUGUCUGAAAACACUGCACUGUUAGUAAUGUUUCACGACGGCUAGCCUUCGUGUCGCCCCGUUUAUUUAGUCGUUUUUUUCAAGGAAUCGAAGGGGAUAAAACAUGGGGUCUCAAACUCUACAGAUCCUUAGGCAGGGGGUCUGGGCUUCAAUCACAGGCGGAUGGUACUAUGAUCCCCAUCAAAAUACAUUUGUCAAUGCUCUACACCUCUACCUCUGGCUAUUCCUACUAUGUUUCCCCUUCACGCUUUACAUGGCGCUCCCGCCCACCAUGGUGAUAGUAGGCAUCUACUGUGGUGUGAUAGCUGGUAUGUUCCUGCUGCUGAAGACUGUGAACUACCGGCUGCAUCAUGCCCUGGACGAGGGAGAGGUGGUGGAGCACCGGGCCAAGGAGAACGAGAGCAACAGAACCAGCAGUGAGGGGGCCAACGAGGGCAACGCCACACGUCAGGAGGACAGUAAUGGACCAGGGGACCCUGGUGGAGGUCUAGAGAUGACAGACUUCAUUCGAGACGAGACUCCACCGGUAGACUGCAGCUCCAGAAACUCUUAUACAGGGAUGGACUCUAGUCACCAGAUUGCGUCCACCAACGAUCAUGGAGGAACCAGUACAGCCAAAGACAUGAUGUCUGACCCAAAGAUUUACUGCCUUGUCUCCAGCCACUCCUUCGCCUCCAUGCAGCCCUCCACCUCCCUUGGCCCCUCCGAGCUCUCCUGCGACCCCGCCAACCAUUGUGGCUCCGCCUCCCACCCCUUCAGCCAAUCCAUGUCCUCUUGUGACACAGAGGUGUCGGCCCACGCCCCCGGGUUGCACUCCCAGUCCUUCAGGAAGGAGCCUCGUACCCGGGGUCUACCCCGCACCUCCAGCUCUGCCGGAUCAGCCUUCCCCGACCCCUCCCUGCCCUCAGCUGACAUCAGCCUCUACCCCCCUCCUUGGAGAGGGGGCCUGGACCCGGUGUGUGAGCUGGAAGCUGCCAGACCCCGCCGGCCAGGUGCUGAAGCUGGAGGACAGGGGAAUAGGGAGGGGGCUGGAGGACAGGGGAAUAGGGAGGGGGCUGGAGGACAGGGGAAUAGGGAGGGGGCUGGAGGACAGGGGAAUAGGGAGGGGGCUGGAGGACAGGGGAAUAGGGAGGGGGCUGGAGGACAGGGGAAUAGGGAGGGGGCUGGAGGACAGGGGAAUAGGGAGGGGGCUGCGGCUGAAAGGUUCUGCCAUCAUCCGGACCAGGCCUCCACCUCUGGCUGCUCCACAGCCUGCUACAGACACCAGCAGGACUCCUGUAGACACCAGCAGGACUCCUGCAGGCAAGGGCUGGCAGGGGAGGGGGGGUCAGGUUUGUACCAGGCCGACCAGGGUGGUGGGGGGAAGGUCAGUGCAGACAGCCUCCGUAGCCUGAGCACACGUAGCAGCGGCUCGACCGAGAGUUACUGCAGCGGUACGGACAGAGACACCAACAGCACCGUCAGCAGCUUCCACAGCGAGCAGACCAGCUCCACGCACGUGGAGAGUUUACUGUCCCUGUCAGGGGAUGAGCAGCGUGGGACUGGGAGGGACAGGGGAGGUGGGGAUGCUGCUGCUACUGGGCCCGGGCCCACCUCGACAGGGGAGGGCAGGACUUCUACUCUGGGGUCCAGCCUGGGUUCUAGUAUCUCAAGAGGACUGAACAGCCUGCCUUCCAGGGAGGCAAAUAAGAACCCCCAUGCCAACGAGCUGACAGCCAAACAGCCGUCCUCCUCCGCCACGUCCCCCUCUAUCACCAACCCUAACCCCCCAGCCUCGGCCCAGGAGCCUCCGGCAGGCUCGUCCUACAGCAGUAGCACGAGGACCAGUGCAGACGGCUCGGCGUGCACAGCCAGCAGGGAACAGGACCGGGGGAGAGGAGAGAAAGAGGACGUAAAGUCCGCCAACCUCGUCCAACGAACUUCUUCCUCCUUGGGCGCCGUGCGCAACAGCGGGCGCCGUCGGACCGGUAAGAAACGGGCGAGCAGCUUCGAUGCCAGCCGCCACAGGGACUACAUGUUGUUGCGUGGCAUGGCCAAGCCGCGCAGUGCGGUAUUCGCUGCCGGGGGUGGUGAGGAGGACUGGAGCGAAGCCAGUGACCUUAGCUGUGCUUCCAGCCUUCAGUCCACCCAAUCACAUCACUUCAGCACUGACUCCUCCUCCUCCACCACCUCCCAUUCUUGCCACUCUCCCGAGGGACGCUACCGCGCCCUGAAAGUCAAGCACAGUCCCUCCCACAGCCACUCCCACAGCCACUCCCACACAGCCGCCGCCACCACCACAGCCUCCACCUCCUCCUCUUCACAGAAAGCUCAGGCCGGAUAUGAGGCGGGAGGAGGGAGGGCCGGGGGAAGAGGCAAGCGCCGCACCUCUGGUCGGACACCCAGCACGGGCAGCGCCAAAACCCACGCCCGGGUGCUGAGCCUGGACAGCGGCACGGCGGCUUCCGCCUGCCUUAACGAGCCCCAUCGCCUGGGGGCCCCCGCCCCUGGGCUCCGACCUCUCACCACCUCCAAAUCUGACCUGGAAGCCAAAGAGGGGGAGGUCCUGGACGCUGCGUCCCUAUUGGGCAGGGCCUCACAGCUGGAGUCAGUAACCAGGUCCAGGAAUAGUCUACCCAGCCAGACAGCCUUCUCUUCAGAGCCCCUGGACGCUACCACCGCCGGCUCUUCACGAGCCCCCGGGAGCGAGGACACGGUGACGUUUCGGCGUGAGCGUAGUACGUUCCGUCGGCAGGCGGUGCGGCGGCGGCACAACGCGGGGAGUAACCCCACGCCCCCCUCCUCCCUCAUCGGAUCACCUCUCAGUCUUCAGGAGGCUCUCAGCCAGGCCUCUCAGCCUUCUACUUCCCAGGUGAAAGGUCAGCCGUCCAGAACCCCGUCCCAGGUGACCGUGCUGAGCGCUAGCGCCUCCCUGCUGGCCAGGAAUGGAAGUGCACACCUGGAGGGCUCUCAGGACAAGGCCUCUACCGUAGGCACUACCAGCCUGCAGGAUGACUUCGGGAAGAACACUUCCUCCUUGUACGAGGCGGAGGGAUGUGACAUGUCCCUGGUUAACUUCGAACCUGCGACACGACGCGCCUCCAAUAACAUAUGGGACACAGACUCCCACCUCUCCAGAUCUACCUCAGUUCGCUUCUACCCUCAUGACCUG